AUGAUGAAAGGACCAGGCGGCGUGGCCACGCCGGCUCCAACCAAGGGGAGAAAGAGGCUGGGUGCGCGCGCAGCUCGGCGUGCGCCCCGGCGGACGGCCUCCUCCAGUGGAGUUGAGAUUUGCCUGAGGCGCCUGAGGGACGCGGCCAUCCUAGCCCCAGCCCUGGAGCCUCCUGCGCUGCAGACGCCUCCAUCCCGGGGCCCUCGGACCCCAGGGCUCAGGAGGCCGGAGUCAGGACUGAACCGAAGCUGCCGUGGGGCCUUCCGAUCUCCGCGACCAUCUCCCAAAUCUGGACAGGCUGAUGGGAUCAACGGAGAAUCCUUGCUCCUUGACAUUCAGAAACUGCAGGAGAAGAGGGACAUGCUGGACAAGGAAAUCUCCCAAUUGAUAUCUGAAGGCUACAAUGUGGAUGAACUAGAGGACCACAUCUCCCAGCUCCAUGAGUACAAUGACAUCAAGGAUAUAGGGCAGAUGCUGCUGGGCAAGCUAGCUGUGAUCCGAGGUGUCACCACCAAGGAGUUGUAUCCAGAAUUUGGACUGGACAUGAAUGACUGAGCAGAAGCUUAUAGACUUGUCUAAGGCCCACAGGGACAGACUGAUGGGGACAUUGAGAAGCAGACAGCCCAGUCAGUGCACCUGCUUGGUUUUCUGAGAAACCCUUUUCUGAAGAGCCAAAUUAAGUUCAGAAUGGAUCUUAGAGAAGAGGACAAGUGGAACUGGUAUUUCCAGCUCCCAGGUUCCUAGGUGUCUCAGAGGUGCUUCUGUAUGGAUGUAUGUGUCCCCUUGCUUAAUAAACAUGAGAAUCUCUGGGUGUGA